CCGCGGCGGGGCCGGCGGGGGCGAGCGCGCCCGCGUUCUCGGGAGGACAUGGCUGCUUCCCGCCUACCCCCCGCGACGCUGACGCUAAAGCAGUUCUUGAGAAGGCAACAAGUCCUCCUCCUCUACAGAAGGAUUUUGCAAGCCAUUCGACAAGUUCCAGGUGAUUCUGAUCGCAAAUACCUGAAGGACUGGGCAAGAGAAGAAUUCAAAAGAAACAAAAGUGCUACCGAAGAGGAUACAAUCCGGAUGAUGAUUACUCAAGGCAACAUGCAACUUAAGGAGUUAGAAAAAACACUUGCUUUGGCAAAAUCUUAACCUACAGCAUCAUUGUGAAAGAUUUUCAGUCCAUAUGUAUUGUUGGGCUGAUGAGAGACUCAACGAUGGGCAGCCUAAAACCAAGUCCAACUGUACAGUACUUGGGAAAAUAUCAGAACAUGGAGCCUGGCAUGUCAGAGCAAACAAAAGCAUAUCAGAACAAUUGCCUUAACACUGAAAAACAAUCCUGCGUUUUGAAAAUUUUUUGGAUGUGUCAUCAGUUCAAGCAGCGAAAACCAGUGUAAGUGGUCAGCACAUAAGAUGCUUAAUAUCAUUACCCGUCUGGAAAAUGCAAAUUAAAACCGCAUUGAAAAAAUAAUAAUAAAAAAAUAAAUAAAACCACAUUGAAACAGUACCACAUCCACUGGAAUAACUGUGAUUAAAAACAGCUAAUAACAAAUGUUAGUAAAGAUGCAGGGAAAUUGGAGCCCUAUACAUACAUGGCUGUGGGCUUAUGAAAUGGCACAGCCACUCAGAAAACAGACUGUCAAUUGCUUAAAAGAUUAAGUUACCAUACAGUUCCGCAGUUUCUUCCUAGGCCUAUACCCAACAGAACUGAAGAUCUUUCUAUAAAAAACUUUUACAGGAAUAUUCAUAGCAGCAUUAUUUAUAACCAAAAAAGUAGAAGCAAUCCAAAUGCCCAUCAACUGACAAAUGGUUAAAUAAAAUGUCUAGAAUAUUUAGCAAUAAAAAGAAAUGAAGUACUGAUGCAUGCCUGCUACACAUGGAUGAACCCCAAGACCAGUCACAAAAGAUCACAUAUGUGAUUCCAUUUACAUGAAAUACCUAAAGUAGGAAGAGGUGGUUGCCCAGGACUGUGGACAGCAGGAGAGGGAUUGCUACUGGACAUGGGGUUUAUUUUCUGCGUGAUGAAAACAUUCUAAAGUUAGAUUUGGGCGUUGGUUACACAACUCUGAAUCUACUAAAGUCCUUUAAAGCCUGCAUUUUGCAUGUAUAUGUGAAUUAUACUUCAAUAAAGGGUUUUUUUUUUG